GUCACACUCAAGGAAAUGAAACUUAACUUUGUCAGAGUGUCAGCCACGCUGCAGUCGAGACAAGACUCUGUUUCUCUCUGAAAGAAAAGUCAAACUGACUUCAUCAGGUCUUUCUCAACAACACAGCAGAGUCUCUGCCAAACACUGAUAUGGCUGCUGAAAACUAUCUGCAAUCUGAAGAUCAGUUUCUGUGCUCCAUCUGUCUGGAUGUGUUCACUGAUCCUGUCACCAUUCCAUGUGGACACAACUUCUGCAAGAACUGCAUCACUGAACACUGGAAUACUAAUGACCAGUACCUGUGUCCAAUGUGUGAAGAGGCUUUUACCACAAGACCUGAUUUGAGGGUCAACACAUUGUUCUCUGAGAUGCUUGCUCAGUUCAGACAGUCAGCUCAACAGAAAGCCAGCAGCAGCAGCAGCUCAGAGCAACAAGUGUCCAAACCAGGAGAAGUUCCCUGUGACGUCUGCACUGGAACCAAACUGAAGGCCCUGAAGUCCUGCCUGGUGUGUCUGGUCUCCUACUGCGAGACUCACCUGGAGCCUCAUCUGACAGCGUCCGGCCUGAAAAGACAUCAGCUGAUCGACCCUGUGGAGAACCUGGAAGGCAGGAUGUGUACGAAGCACGAUAAACCUCUGGAGCUGUUCUGCAAGACCGACCAGACAUGUGUCUGCAUGCUCUGCACUGUUUUAGACCACAAGAUGCAUGAUGUUGUUCCACUGAAGGAAGAAUAUGAAGGAAAGAAGGUUGAGCUGGGGAAGACAGGGGCUGAAAUUCAGCAGAUGAUCCAGAAGAGACGACUGAAGAUUCAGGAGGUCAAACACUCAGUCGACCUCAGUGAGGAAGAUGCAGACAGAGAGAUAGCAGAAGGUGUUCAGGUCUUCACUUCUCUGAAGGAGUCUGUUGAGAGAGGCCUGAAUGAGCUCAUCAACACGAUCAAAGAGAAGCAGAAAACAAGAGAAACACAGGCCGAAGCUUUCAUCAAAGAGCUGGAACAGGAAAUCUCUGAGCUGAUGAAGAGAAGCACUGAGGUGGAGCAGGUGUUACGCACUGAAGACCACCUCCAUCUUCUCCAGAGUGUCCAGUCCCUAAACAUCCAACAACCUCCACCCACCAAGGACUGGAUAAAGGUCAGCGUCCAUCAAUCAUAUGAGGGGACUGUAGUGAAAGCUGUGACUCAGCUGGAGGAGACACUCAGUCAAGAGAUGAAGAAGCUGCUUGAAGCCGAGCUGAAGAGGGUCCAGCAGUAUGCAGUGGAUGUGACUCUUGAUCCUGAUACAGCACAUCCUAAUCUCAUCCUGUCUGAUGAUGGGAAACAAGUAUAUCGUGGUGGUGGAAAAAAGAAUCUUCCAGACAACCCAGAGAGAUUUUCCCUUAAUCGCUUUGUUUUAGGAAGGCAGAGUUUCUCUUCAGGCAGAUUUUACUUUGAGGUUCAAGUUAAAGGAAAGACUAAAUGGGAUUUAGGAGUGGCCAGAGAGUCGAUCGCCAGGAAGGCAAGCAUCCCACUGAAUCCACAAUAUGGUAACUGGACUAUAUGGUUGAGAAAUGGAUGUGAGUACAAAGCUCUUGAUGCCCCUCCAGUCCGUCUAUCUCUGAAGUCUCGGCCUCAGAAGGUGGGGGUGUUUGUGAAUUAUGAGGCGGGUCUGGUCUCCUUUUUUGACGUAGAUGCUGCAGAUCUUAUCUACUCCUUUACUGGCUGCUCCUUCACUGAGAAACUCUUCCCAUUUUUCAGUCCCUGUAAAAAAGAGGGUGGUGAAAACAGUGCACCUCUGAUCAUCUCUCCUGUCAAUUACAUUGAGUAGGCUAAUCACUGAAACACCAAAUAUGUCUGUCUGUCAUGUCUAUAUGUAUGCAAAAGAUACUGCAAAAAUAUCUUGAUUUAUUUGUAUUUGAUGUAGUCA